AUGUCUUACCAAACACCACCAGCCUAUUCCCCUAUGUCUUUUUCUUCUUCUUCAUCUCCUUCAUCCUCAGACACAAGUGCAGGGACGAGCGCGCCACGAACCAAGCGCGCCCGCGUAUCUGCAGAACACACACUAAACCGAGUGCGAGAAAACCAACGACGACAUCGGGCCCGUCAACGCGACCACGUCGCUUCACUGGAACGCAAGCUGGCCGAGACGGAGAGACUACUAGUAGAGGCAAGAGCGGAAAUCGCCAUACUCAGACAACAAGCCGCGCAAAGAGACGAAUACAAUGGUGGAAACAUGGAAAGCGGAGUAUUAGGAAGAGAUAUCAUCUCCAUCACGCCACCACUGACAUCAACAUCACCUCAAAACCAGACGGCACUAUUUCUCAUCCCGGCACAAGACGACAGCAACAACAACAACAGUAGCAGCAACACCCUCCUCUCCCCCCCUUCACCCUCAUCCUCCCCCUCAGACCCCGAAUGCACAACCUGCAAGACGCGGCCCCCGCCCUCCCCCACCGAAAGCACCACCCUCUGCGCACAAGCCUUCGUCCUCAUUCGCCAGCAAAACUUUCGUAACCUCGAUCCCCACUCCAUUCGCAUCUGGUUGGCCCAGGGCUUGCGUCGCGCUCAGAGGGAGGGCGAGGGCUGCAGGGUCGAAAAUGGCGCCUUGUUGCGCUUGCUCGAUUUUAUUAGUGGCGUCUAA